GGCAAAUGGUAGUGAGUGUGUAAAGGUUAAUCACUGCCUCUUGACUUCUGUGAAGACUGCUAGGGGUAGUUAUAUUAAGAGUAUCUUUGCUGUGGUUAAAUGGGCAUUUGAAAUAUACUUAAAAUAAAUUCUUUAAGACGAAUAAAAAAAUCUAUAUAUUGUAAAAAAAAAAUGACUUACGAAUCACCGUACAAUGAAGAGGUCGAGGUAAUACCUUUACUACGACGCGAGAAACAAACAGGUUGGCACUGGAGCCCGAGGUACACGGUGGCGGUUCUCGGCUGCCUCGGCAUCUUGGUCGAGUAUUGCCAGCGGGUCAACCUCUCCAUCGCCAUCGUUGCCAUGACGGGCUCAGAAGGCAAUAAUGGCAGCCACGCCCUCGACGUUUGCCCCAACAACAGUUCCUCCGGAGCGCCGACGAAGGAGCCUGCCAGCGCCGCCGAGUUCAGCCACUGGGACUCGCAGACGCAGGGCCUCCUCCUCAGCAGCUUCUUCUGGGGCUACGCGGCCACCAACGUCGCGGGUGGGCGGGGGGCGGAGUACCUGGGGGGGAAGAUGGUGUUCGGCGGCGGCAUCAUCACCUCGUCCUUCCUGUCGCUCAUCUCGCCCGUGUGUGCCCGGGCCAACGUACGGCUCUUCAUGGCAGUGAGGGUCCUGCAGGGACUCAUGCAGGGCGUGACUUUCCCGUCAAUCAAUGCGAUGCUAGCCACGUGGGUCUUGCCUGCCGAGAGGUCAAAGUUCAGCACCAUCGCGUACUCAGGCUUCCAGAUCGGCACUGUAGUGGGGCUCGUGGCGAGUGGAUGGCUGUGUUCCUCCACUUUCCUGGGUGGAUGGCCUUCCGCUUUCUACGUAUUCGGGAUCUGUGGACUGAUCUGGGGCCUGGCCUGGUGCUGCUUCAUCUACGAGAGGCCGGAAGAGCAUCCCGGACUCUCGGAUGCUGAUCUUAGGAUGCUCAGGCUUCACCAGGAGUCGGUGAAAGGGAAAGAGGUGAUACCAGUCCCUUGGCUGUCUAUCGCGACCUCUCUGCCGUUUUGGGCCAUCAUGGCGACCAGUCUAGGAAAUGACUACGGAUUUUACACUCUGCUGACGGAGCUGCCCACGUACCUGCACGACAUUCAGCACUUUGACUUGGAUAAGAACGGGAUGCUGUCUGCUCUGCCCUACCUGCUGAUGUGGGUGUUCAGCCUCGCUUGGGCGGCGCUGGUCGAUGUGCUGACUGCCAGAGACAAGGUUACGAUCGUCACAGUCAGGAGGCUGUCCAUGGCUGUCUCGCUGUAUGGACCCAUGCUCGGCCUCGUCGCCAUGUGCUUCGUUAACUGCAACGCUGUGCUGGCUGUGGCCGUGCUGUGCCUCUCGGGUAUGCUGUCCGGGGCGGUCAACAGCGGCUACCUCUGCUCGCACCAAGACCUGGCACCCAAUUUCGCUGGCACUCUACUGGGCAUCACCAACACCUUGGGCGCUCUGGCCGGGAUAGCAGGGCCCGCUGUCACGGGGGCCAUCAUAGAGGGCAGGGAGAGUAUCUGGGCGUGGCGCGAAGUGUUCCUGAUCAGCGCCGGCCUCUACCUGGUCACCUGUACCUUCUACCUGGUGUUCAUUUCGGCCGACGUUCAGCCGUGGAACGACCUGCGCCGCGUUCGAGGCCAGAGCAAUGCCGACGACAAAACCUCUCCCUACGAGCCCAUUUAGGUGAUUCGAUUUCUUCAAGAGCGUUCGAAUCCUAUACCUUUAUAAAAAAAAGAAAGUGGGAAAUGCGUUCGUAAUUCAAGAACAGUGUUGGGGGUUUUGGUGGUGUUUGCACACACGAGGACCGCACGUAUAUUGACGUUAAUGUGUGGCGUGUACUCAUAGUUGUAUUCAUUUACAGUACGAACAGAAACACGAACACCUACACACACACACACACACAUAACACACACACACACACACACACACACACACACACUCACACACACUCACUCACUCAUACUGGUCUUGUAAAAAUGUAGAUACGAUUCAUAACUUUAUCAAAUUCAUUUUACCAUAUCUCUGUAUCAGUUGAAUGAAAUAAAUUAUUAUUCAUCCAA